AUGGCUAAGAGCUUGCCAAUAAUAGACAUGCAAGAUAUAUCAAGUGAUAAAAAAAUAGUGAAAUCACUUGAACGUUGGGGUUGUUUUAGGCUUGUUAAUCAUGGCAUUCCACCACAACUCUUGUCGGAAAUAAUGGCGAUUGGCCGGACGUUAAUGGAACUUCCGGUGGAAAUAAAGGGGCUAAAUGUUCAUAAAGAUACAAGUUUUGGUUAUAUUCCGGUAAAUAUGACUAGUUCCAUGUUUGAAUCUUUAGGGGUUUAUGAUGCAACUUUAUAUGAGGAUUUAGAUUAUUUUUCCUCUCAAUUCAAUCUAUCUCCUCAUCAAAGGGAGGUAAUGAUGAAGUAUUCAAAAGCAAUUUAUGAUUUAACAAAGAAACUUGGGAUUAAGCUCAUGGAAGGUCUUGGUUUAGAAAGUGGAGAUUUGUUUAAGGAUUGGCCUUGCUUAAUGAAGUUUAAUAAGUAUAAUAAUAAUCCUGAAACAAUUGGAUUAACAGGAGCUAUAACACACACCGAUAAAGGAUUUUUCACUAUUUUAUUGGAUGAUGAAUUAGUUAAUGGACUUGAAAUGCUUGAUGACCAAACUAAUGAAUUUAUUCCUGCUAAUCCAAUUCCAGGAUCAUUUCUUGUUAAUGCUGGGGACAUUGCUAAGGCAUGGAGCAAUGGAAGAAUUUGCAAUGUGAAGCAUAGAGUACAAUGCAAUGAGCCAAGAGUACGAUACUCCAUUACAUUCUUUGUGUUGGGACCAAGAAAUGCAAAAGUGGAAACACCUUCUAAAUUGGUGGAUUCUCAACAUCCUCCUCUCUAUGUUCCUUUUCAUUUUGAAGAAUAUUGUGCCCUAAGAACUUCAACUACAUUCAUACAGGGUGAAGUUCUUGAUUUGUUUCGUGAAAAAGCUGACUUAAUCAUUGCAGAUGUUUCUGACGAAAUUUUCGUUGAUAAUUAG